AUCACAAUUACCGUAUCUAAAAUAGUUGCAUUCUGAAGCAAAAUUGCUUGAUUUGUUUUCAAUAUUUCCUUUGUCUCAUUGUUGUGAUACUGAUCAUUUACAUUGAAGCAGUUUCCUUCUCCAGAAUACUUGAAAUCCAAGUAUCAGCAAACACUCUGGUUCUUCUGCAGGAUUUUUAGUAUUUCUUCAUUGUUUGACCAUAUAACCAGAGUGGAGUUAUAUACUUGUAAGUUAAAGCAUGUAUUUAGUGGAGACUAAAGAAGGGGCUAUAGCAUGUAUGGUAUUGUCCCUCUUAUUUUUGGGAACCUACCCUGCGCUUUUGAGUCUUCUUGAACGGCGGGGGCGUCUUCCUCAGCAUAUUUUUCUUGAUUACUCCAUAACAAAUUAUUUAGCAGCUGUAUUUUUUGCUCUGACACUUGGUCAGUUUGGAAAGAGCUCACCAGAUAGACCAAAUUUUAUCCAACAGCUUUCUCAGGAGAAUUGGCCUUCUAUUAUAUUUGCUAUGGCUGGUGGUGUAGCGCUGUGUAUUGGGAAUCUUUCUGCUCAAUAUGCUUUGGCGUUUGUUGGUUUGUCAGUUACAGAAGUGCUUGUUUGCAGCAUAAUAGUAGUUUUAGGCUCAACCAUGAACUAUUUUCUUGAUGGCAAAAUUAAUAGAGCGGAGAUUCUUUUCCCCGGUGUUGCUUGCUUUUUUAUUGCGGUUUGUCUUGGCUCUGCUGCUCACUCGUCCAACACGGCUGAUAACAAAAUAAAGUUGGAAAGUUUAUCUGCCGAUUCAAAAAAAGAGUCCAAGGCAAUUGAUGUCUCUUCAAUUUCAGGUCAGGUUGAGUCAGCAGACCUGGAGAAUGCCGAUUGUUCCUCGCAAAAUGCAGAAGCUGGAACUGCAGACUUUCUUGUUCUAGUUGAAAACAGAAGAUCCAUCAAGGUGUCUGGUAAGAGCACACUAGUUGGACUGUGCAUAAUUUUCUUUUCUGGUGUUUCCCUUUCACUCUUUUCACCUGCAUUCAAUUUGGCUACAAAUGAUCAAUGGCACACUCUGAAGGAAGGCAUCCCACAUCUGUCUGUCUAUAUCGCAUUUUUCUACUUCUCGACAUCUUCUUUUGUCUUGGCCGUCGUUCUUAAUGUCAUCCUCCUUUUCCGCCCUAUGCUGAACAUACCCAAAACAUCAUUCAAGGCAUAUGUGAAUGAUUGGAAUGGUAGAGGAUUGGCCUUGUUGGCUGGUUUUUUGUGUGGAUUUGGCAAUGGUUUGGAGUUCAUGGGUGGUCAAGCUGCUGGAUAUGCAGCAGCAGAUUCUGUGCAGGCAUUUCCACUGGUGAGCACCUUUUGGGGAGUAGUUCUGUUUGGAGAAUACCGAAGAUCGUCAAGAAAAACAUACGUCUUGCUAGUGAGCAUGUUGUUUAUGUUCACAGUGGCUGUUGUGGUUCUAAUGGCUUCAUCAGGACAUAGACAUGAGAGAGGUAUUGGAAAAUCAUUAGGGAAGUCUUGUCAAAGCUCAACCCUUUGUGCCAGUUAGAAACGAAUGAAAGUUGAACUGUCAUAAAACUUAUACUAUCAAUCUUCAUGUUAGAAGUUUUGAUUCUUCCACUCCACAUAUUAUAAAAGGAAAAAAAUCACAUUUGCUGUUUAUAUAAGUUUGGUUUCAAUUUCAUCUCAA